AGAGGUUAAAUCCUGUGCCGGCUCCCCCACUUCAUCUGUGUUUUCAACCGGGUUCCAACUUCUCAGACCGGAAACAUCAACUCUGAAGAUGCACAUUUCUGUCCUGGUCUGUGUGCUGGGAUUUCGCUUUAUGUUGACUGUAAUAUAAUCAUAUCCUCUUCCUUUGUUUGUCUCGGGCCCAACCAUGGUAACAGGACGCAGAGUGCCGAUUGGCUGGUCCCACCAUGGUCGUGAAAGCAGACUGCAUCGUUCUCACAUGGAGUCAGCUAUGACAUCAUAACGGAAGAAAACAGUCUGCUUCCAUAUGAUGCUGGCGCGAGGCAGAGCUCCCCGGCCCAAGUACACGAUGGUGGGGGAGACGCUACGCUACGUUAUCCCCAGUCACCUGCAGUGCUCCAUGGCCUGCGGGGGGCGCUCCUGCAAGUACGAGGACCCGUCGCGCUGGGGAGAGGACAUGCAGGCCAUCAAAGGGCUCUACUCCUCCUGGGUUACAGACGAGCUCCUGGCCAUGGCCCGGCCUUCAACAGGAAUCAUACAGAAAUACGACGUCAUUGAGCAAUUUCAAAGGUGUGGCAUAAGGACGCUGAUUAACCUGCAGCACCCAGGAGAGCACGCCAGCUGCGGUAACGAGCUGGAACAGGAGAGCGGCUUCACCUACCGGCCCGAGGCCUUUAUGGAGGCAGGCAUCUACUACUACAACUACGCGUGGAGGGACUACGGCGUGGCGUCCCUAGCGACCGUGCUGGACAUGGCGAAGGUGAUGUCGUUCGCCGUCCAGGAGGGGAAAGUCGCCGUUCACUGUCACGCCGGGCUCGGAAGGACAGGUGUUCUGUUGGCUUGUCACUUGGUCUUUACCACGAAGAUGAGCGCUGACCAGGCGAUCGCGUUCGUGCGUGAGAAGCGGCCCGGCUCCGUCCAGACCCGGGCGCAGCUGCUCUGCGUGCGCCAGUUCGCCCAGUUCCUGGUCCCGCUCCGGAGCGUGUUCCCCCGCGCGGAACCCGAAUCGGCCGCCGUCUCGCUGGCCCAGUACCUGACGCGGCAGCGCCACCUGCUGCACGGCGCGGAGGCGCGGCGGCUGCGGCACACGCCCAAGGUGGUGGCCCUGGCGUGCCAGCUGCUGCUGGACGUGGCGCGGAACCGGCAGGUGGUGCAGCAGGACGUCCUGGACGUGGUGGAGCCCGUGGCCGAGGAGAGGCGCGGCGCGGGGGGGUGGAGCCGGCGGCGCGGGGAGGCCGCCGCCGCCGCGGGGAGGGGCCCGGCCUCGCCGCACAGGAGCCUCCCCGGCCCCGCCACCGUGCCGCUGCGCACCCCCGAACCGCCGCUGUUCUACGUCCGGCGGAGCCUCAGCUACAGCGAGCGGGACCGCGGGCGGCCCGGCGCCACCCUCGACCCGGGGGGGGGCGCGGGGGUGGGCGCGGCGGGGGACGCGGGGAAAGAGCCGAGGGCUCUGAAGAGACUGUGCUUAUCGCACGAGGACCUCAGAGACGGCGGCCGCCGCCCCGACGAUGGGCCCGCGCUCCAGCGAUGGCCCCCCGCCUCGGACUCCGCCCACAGCUCCACCAGCUCCGUCUGGGACCAGCUGCCCCCGCCCCGGCGCGUGGAGCGCCCGCGGGACCGCGCGGGCGGGACGCCAUCCCCGAGGAGGGGCGGCGAGCGGCACGGCAGCGGGCGUGAGGAUGAGGAGCGGCCCUCCGAGGUGCCCUUCAUCCUGCUGCAGACCGAGCUCAGUCUGGAGGCUCGGCGGCUGCUGGUGGCCCAGGCCCUGGCUGUGGACCUGGAGCGGUACGGGAGCGAGGAGCAGAGGCAGAGAGUGUCCUGGUGGCAGACAGAGCUGAACUCUGGGGGGGACGUUUGGGACAGCGUGUGCGCGGAGCAGGACCCCUUCGUCCUGUCCGGCCUCAUGUGGUCCUGGCUGGAGCAGCUGAAGGAGCCCGUUCUGAGCCGACGGGACGUCCAGGCCCUGGAGGAGCAACCCAAAGACCCCAGCAGGGUUUUUAACACGCUGGACAAGGGUCCUCGCCAGACUCUGACGUGCAUCCUGCACUGCGCGGCCCAGGUGAUGGCCCCGUCGGUGGAGUCCGCCUUCCUCGAUCGAACGAUAAAGGCCUUCACCAAGAUGAAAGCGGGAGAGUCGGAAGAAGGGAGGAUUGUGUAUAAGACCAUGAGGAGGGUCCUGGCCCUGGUUCUGAAGGAGAUGAAGGCACAGAGAGAGGAAGAGGACGCAGGUGCCGUGGCUGUCUGUCCCUCACUGUAACGCUUCAGACUGGAGUCUGGACACUGCAUCUGUCUGCGCUGCGAUACAUUCGUCUUCGUGUUCAGUAUUUUCGUUUUGAUUAAUGUGUUCCGUGCAUGAAGAAAGUGCAAGCCCACUGGCUUCAGGAAGUGCUGGCUGACGGUAGUCGGAUAAUUAAAAAUGAAAAAACUCGACACUGAUUAUGCUCCAAUAAAUCAUUUGCCAAAUAUUUACCAAUGUUUUUCGGUACACAGUGUCUUUGUCAGGGUGGCGAAGGCCCUGGGUGCCAAAAUGUCGGCAAAUAAAUGAUACGUUGGGGAUUAAA